AUGUCGGGUAAUGGACGGAAUGAUAAAGGCCGGAAGAACAACCCUUCUUCUGGCAGUACGGGGCGUAGGGGGAGGGCAUCCCCUAAUUCUACUAAUGAGCCACGUCAUACGAUGUUGCUCACACCGAUCGACAUGCCUAUGAUCAUUGGAGUCGCAGGCUCCAAUAGUCAAGGUGCCAUUUCUCCGCAAACCAACAUGGUUGAUCCUCUAGCAGACUUAGCUAGGGUUAUGCGCCAGGCUCAACAGAUGGGCUAUGUGUCCCAGCCCCAGCCCCAACCCCAACAGAUGAGCCAUCGAUUACAUCCCUUACAGAUAGGCUAUAGGCCCCGACCUCCACUUACACAGACAGACUAUGGGUUCCAACCCUCACCCCCACCCCUGCCCCCACCCCUCCACCCACAAAGGGGUUGUCAGACCUCACCUACAGUAUUGAGAACCCAUGGUUGUGAUGGGUUUCGGGAUUAUUUUUUUUGA